ACACGCCCUGGGGCCCCCCUGCAAUCGUGCUUUUUCCCAUCUAAUGAAACCCUAGCACCCCAACCCAACAUGGCUCAUCGUGCAAGCGACCAUCCCAUUGAAGUUGAUGUGGAGGAAGAUGAUCCGAGUCUCGCAGGCACAUCCUCAUCGACCACUUCGCUGAGCUCGAGUGUGCUAAAGUAUGAAUACAGGCAUGGCCGCCGGUAUCACGCAUACCAGUCCGGGAGCUAUCCCUUCCCCAACGACAAGCCCGAACAGGACCGGUUGGAUAUGAUCCAUCAUGUGUUCUACCGACUGCUCAAUGAUCGCCUGUUCCUGGCGCCUAUCGACCCUAACGGCAAGCGAAUACUGGACAUCGGCACCGGCACGGGACUGUGGGCAAUCCAGAUGGGCGACGAGAACCCGUCGAUCGCGAAAAUCGUCGGCAAUGACCUGAGCCCGAUUCAACCCUCCUGGGUGCCGCCCAACGUGCAUUUCGUGGUGGACGAUGUGGAAAAGGACUGGGUAGAGAGCAAGCCGUACGACUACAUUCAUUGCCGAUACAUGGCCGGGUCCAUCCGGGACUGGCCGCGGCUGAUCCAGCAAUGCUAUGACAAUCUGGUGCCAGGAGGUUGGCUGGAACUGCAAGAAUCGAUCAACUCCCUCUACUCAGAGGACGGCAGCCUCAAACCCGAUAGCUGGAUGGUGAAGAUGAUGGAAGGCUUGAUAGAAGGCGGGGCCAGAGUCGGGCAGACCUUGGAUCCAGCCCCCUCGUUUGAGGGCUGGGUCCGCGAUGCUGGUUUUGCGAAUGUGCAAACACAUAAAUUCAAAUUACCCAUCGGACCGUGGCCGAAGGAUGCCCGACUGAAGGAAUGUGGCAGUUUCAUGCGAAUCAACUUUGUUGAGGGGGUCGAGGGAUUCACGGCGCAGCUCUUCAUCGAUGUACUGGGCUGGAAGCCCGAGGAUGUCGAUGCACUCAAUGCUGGAGUUCGAGCCGAGUCCUUGAAAGGAGAGAUCCACCCCAUAUUUGAUUUUCUGGUUGUAGCUGCCCAGAAACCCUUGUAGGUUCAGGUCAACCCCCCUCGGUGCAGGCGACGAUGGUGUGCAUCACCGACGGGGUUUAUAGGAUAACGGUGUAUGUGUUCCAUGACGAAUGGCUUGAUACGUGUCGCAAUCAGAUUACAUUCCCUU